CAACAUUCAAUAAAUUCAGAAAUACCGAACUCAUCCAGUACAACAAUAAAUGCGGUAUCGUCAACGAAACCCACAACGUCUGCUCCUAGUCGAGAAAUGGUGAUUCUGAUGGUGGGAAUCGGAGUGGUGGAAGUGACGAUAAUUAUUGUGGGAAUUCUAGCAGUCAAGCGAUUUAGACAGAAUAAAAGCAACACGAAAAGACGCAGUAAAGAAAAUGACGGUCGACCUGUCUCCAGAAAGACAAUCUGUAGUAUUGAUAACGUAUAUGCCACAAUUCCAGAGGAAGAAUUCGAUGAGAACCCAUAUAAAGAUCUGUCUGAAGGGGUUUAUGAUACAACCUCAAAACGAAGAUCUCAUGUCAAUGGUGGCUGGAACGAAUAUUCCAGAGGAAGUUUUUAUACUCGUUUGUUUCGAAGUUCAAAAAUAAGCGGAAGCAGGCCAGUAGAGGAAUCACACCCAAUGUUUUCAACAUUCAGAGAUUCGAAAAAGGAAACAAAGUAAUUG